UAUUUAAUUAUUCUUGGCGCUGGCUGACUUUGAUUUUCUCCUCCUGGGUUUUGGAACCCUAAUUUAAUUGUCUGCAACUCUCACAAGUUUCCCUUUCCCCCCUCCAUUGAACUUUUGAACCAAAACUGUACACAAACCCUAAAAAACCUUUUCCCCUAAUGUCUCAAUCCCUUUGUUUCGUCGCCUUCUGGGAUUGAAUUUCUCAUUCGUUUCGUGUUCGAUUGUUAUCCCAUUUAGGGUUUUUGUUGGUAUCAAUGAAUCACCCUCGUCCACCGCCCCCACCUUCUGUUGUACCCGCAAUGGUGAACAACCCAAAUCCAAAUCCUCCGACGAAAAUGCCGUCGGAGUGUGGAAAUUGCGGGUCUCAGAGCCGGUGGAUGCUGCAUCAUGUUCGCUUACGAGGCGUUAACCGUCGUCUCUGCACCUCCUGCGUGCUCCGCCUCCACCCCACCUCCUUUUGCCCCUCUUGCUUUCAGUUCUAUGACCCUUCUGCCUCUCCUCAUCCUCAACCCUCCAAUCGCUUCACCUGCGUUAAAUGUUCUUCUAUUUCCCAUUCCCACUGCGUCCUCAGCCCUUCUUCCUCCGACCCCCACCCUCUCUCUUCCUCUUCCUCCUCUUAUCUCUGCCCUCCCUGUGCCAAACCCAAUUUCUCUUUCUUCGAUUUGGACUCCAAGCCUCGGAUUUCCGAUAAGUCUAUUGACAGGAAGAUGGCUGUUGUGUUACUCUGCGCCGCGAAGAUUGCCUCUGCAUCCAUGGGCAAGGCCGUGAUUGUGGCACGGGCGGAUGCAGAGAGGAAAGUGAGGGAGGCGGCCAUAGCCAGGAAGAGGGCAAGAGAGGCUCUAGAGCAUGUGGGAUUUGUGGUGGCUAGAGAGAGAGCCAGGCGUAAGGAGGAGGCGUCCGUGGAGGUUUCGGGUUCUGGGAGUAUUGGGAUUAAGGAGAAGGAGAGGAAUAGGAAUUUGGGUUCUAUGGUGAAAAUGGAGAAUUCUUGUGAGGGCUCUGCUGUGGCAAAUUCGAACACUAGUAGUGCUUUAACUCACAGGAGAGAGAGCUUGAAUGGGUUUGUGAGACAGAUGUCAAUGGUGAAGAACGAUGUGGCUGCUUCCUUAGAGGAAGCUCUAAGGCAGAAAAAUGUUGAGGCCGACCGUUUGCAGAGUAGUAAUAACAACACUUUAAACGAGAAGGAGAAGUCUGGAAAUUUUGGUGAUAGUGGGCAUGAGAAUGGCGAAGUUAAGCGUGUCCAUAAUGAUCAAAUUGGAGGAAAUGUUAAUACCGCAAAGUAGCUUUUUGAAGUUGUGAAUUGGUUGUAAUUCAGUUGCAGAGCCAUGGUAGGAAAAUUGAUCGCAUCAUUAUUUCCUAGUAUUUAGCGAAAUGAUAUGGUUCUAAAGUAUGAAAAUUUAUGCAGUUGUUUUCAUAUUGGGUUCGACCUGGCUCUUUAGGAAUUCAUUUAGUGAGGAUAGCACAAUGCCUGUGAGUUUUUCCAGAUAUUCCUUGUUUGACUCCUCUAGGGUUGAUCCGAAUUCUCUUUUAAGGGCCCCUCCUUGCAUAGGUGUAAAAUAUGUAGAUUAAUUGAAGUUUAACAUUAUUCUGUGUGCCUGUCACACUGUUACUUUGCACAUUACUGAUUUAGCAGGAACGGAGUAUAACUGCAUUCUUUUAUUUUUCGUU